GAUUUUCAUAUUGUUUAGUACUUCUUGAACAGGACUGGUUAUGGAAACCACGGUGAUUAUGUCUUCGGAUGGCAGGAUGAUGUGCUCCAGCAUGCUCUAGACCAGCCUUGUUACAUCAACUGCCCUACGCUCAAGACCCAAAAUGCUUAGGCGAUGAAUGCAUGCAGCAAAGAAAGAGUUGUUACCGAAGACAACAUCGACGAUUGGGUUGAGACUCUACCUGGGGGAAUGGUUGCGGGGGGGAACAAGCGUUUUAACAGGAGGUUAAUAAUGAUGACGACUUGGCCUGGAAUUGUGUCAUACGAGUUUAUGUUUUUGCAUUUCCCUCAAUAUUCCCCCAAUGACUAGAUUAUUAGACGCGAACACGCCUCAUAAUGUUUUAUGAUUGAGCAACGCUUUGGCGCCAAUUGGAGAAACUCCGUUGUGAAUGCUGAUAUAUGGCGUAUAGAAUAG